GGUUUGUUUUCGUCUCAUUAUUUCCAUCUUAAAUUUGCUGUCUUUUAGUGUUCAAAUUUCAGCUUUCGAAUCCAUGAUUUUUUCCAUCUUCAAAAGCCAAGUCUUCAUUAGAAAUGGCUCUUUCAUUCGCCCAACCUGUGCUAAAAAUGUGAGUUUUUCUCGAGCAAUUGCAUUGCUACUUGUUAGAUAUGAAUCUGGAAUUGCAGAAAAUGAACAGCCGUUUAAGAUUUCUUACCUCAUAAACACAAUCGGGUUGUCUCCACAGUCUGCUUUAUCAGUGUCUAAGAAGCUCCAUUUUGAGACCUCUCAACAACCAGACACUGUGAUUUCCUUCUUCAACAACCAUGGCUUUUCAAGAACCCAGAUUAGAGACAUCGUUCAGAAAUGGCCUGCAUCUCUUUUAUGCAACCCUGAGAAAACCCUUUUGCCCAAACUUCAAUUCUUUUACUCCAAAAGGAUUUCAGGUUCUCAACUUUUAAGAAUCUUAUCUUCAAACCCAGAUGCCUUUAGACGUAGUUUAGAUAAUUGCGUCAUCCCAAACUUCAACUCCUUCAAGGAAUUCACUCGAUGUGGCGACGAUCAGGUGUUUUUAGCAUACAAGAACUAUUCCGACGUCCUUUCACGUAAUUUUCAAGCCAUUGUUGCUCCUAAUAUUGCAAUCCUGAAAGAAUAUGGGGUGCCUGAAUCAAAUAUUAUGGUUGAACUUGUUGUGCACCCAAGGGCCUAUGCAGUGAAUCCUGAUAAGUUUAGUAUAACAGUUGAACAAGUAAAGAAAAUGGGAUUUAAUCCUUCAAAACGUAGGUUCCUUACAGCUCUUCAAGCUUUCUUACAGAUUAGCAAAUCAACAUGGGAAAAGAAAUUCGAUCUUCUUAACCAAUGGGGUUGGUCAAAUGAAGUUGUUCUUUCAGCUUUUGAGAAGUAUCCGAGAUUCAUGAUGUUUUCUGAGAAGAAGAUCACUACAAUAAUGAGCUUUUUCGUCCACACAAUGGGAUGGAAAUCAUUGGAUAUCGCUAACCGUCCAGUUAUUCUUUCGUAUAGCUUGGAGAGGAGAAUUAUCCCAAGGUGUUCGGUUCUUCAAGCCUUGUUAUCCAAAGGUUUGAUCAAGAAAUUCAGUGUAUGUCUUGUUCUGGAGUAUACUGAAAAGGCAUUCCUCCAAAGGUUCAUCACCCCUUAUGAAGAUCCUUAUAUAUUGAAAUUAUAUGAGCAGAAGUUAGGCCUUUCAGAAUAAAUAGUAUAAUUCUAUAGUUACCCAAGACGGAUAUGGGUAUGUAUCAGACAUGGGUAUGUUUAGUGUUUUAAGAUUUUGCAUGUCAAUGUGUCAGACACAGCGUACCAUAAGAAAAAAUGAAGAAUUCAUCCAACAUGGGUAUGAUUUAGAUGCUAAAACUGAACAAAUGUGCAUUUGCCUGUGAUUGUUUGAAUGAAGGUUGAGAUUGUUUCCUUGAA